GCCUCCGUCCGAGCCCGGGUCCGUGUGCUCGGGAGAGCGGCUCCCUGCCGGCGGCUAGUGCUGGCUGCAGGGCACGUUCCCGUCCGCCCCGCCCCCUGCUGCCCUCGGCGGCGCGACCAGUCCCGCGGGCCAGGCAGGCGCCGGAAGGGGAGAGCGGGAGCGGGGCGGGCGCCCCUGUAAGCAGCCCGGGCCCGGAGAUGGCGGCGCGGCGCGUGGUGUGCGCGCUCUCCGGGGGAGUGGACAGCGCGGUGGCGGCGCUGCUGCUCCGGCGGAGAGGCUACCAAGUGACAGGGGUAUUUAUGAAGAACUGGGACACUCUGGAUGAACAAGGAGUUUGUUCUGCUGACAAAGAUUGUGAAGAUGCUUAUAGAGUUUGUCAGAAACUGGAUAUCCCUUUUCAUCAAGUUUCCUAUGUCAAGGAGUACUGGAAUGAAGUUUUCAGUUACCUUGUAAAUGAGUAUGAAUUGGGAAGAACUCCUAAUCCUGACAUAAUGUGCAACAAGCAUAUCAAAUUCAAUUAUUUUCUCCGUUAUGCUCUGGAUAACCUUGGAGCGGAUGCAGUUGCAACUGGGCAUUAUGCAAGGACUUCACUGGAAGAUGAAGAAAUUUUCCAACAGAAACAUAUUAAAAGACCACAAGGGCUUUUCAGAAACCGAUUUGAAGUUAGAAAUGCUGUAAAACUUCUUAAAGGAGCUGACCACUUGAAAGACCAGACCUUCUUCCUCAGUCAGAUUUCACAAGAUGCUUUGAGGAGAACCAUUUUUCCUUUAGGAGGAUUGACAAAAGAUUUUGUAAAGAAGAUAGCAGCAGAACACGAAUUUCAUCAUGUGCUAAAGAGAAAAGAGAGUAUGGGAAUCUGUUUCAUUGGUGAAAGAAAUUUUGAAAACUUCAUUCUUGAGUAUUUAGAACCUCGUCCAGGUAACUUUAUUUCCAUUGAAGAUAACAAGGUGAUAGGAACACACAAAGGUUGUUUCCUGUAUACAAUAGGCCAGAGGGCCAAGCAAAGUGGCCUCAGUAAAGCGUGGUUUGUUGUUGACAAAGAUGUAACCUCAGGAAAUAUCUUUGUGGCACCAUCUACAGAUCACCCUGCACUGUAUAGAGACCUACUGCGGACAAACCGUGUGCACUGGAUUGCAGAGGAACCUCCUGCUGAGCUAAUUAGGGACAAAAUGAUGGAGUGUACUUUCAGGUUUCAGCAUCAGAUGGCACUAGUGCCUUCCAUGUUAACUCUAAACCAAGAUGGGACAGUGUGGGUGACACUCGUCAAGCCAAUAAGAGCUCUUACACCAGGGCAAUUUGCUGUGUUCUACAAGGGUGACGAGUGCCUUGGCAGUGGAAAAAUCAUGAGGCUGGGCCCAUCAGUGUACACCUUACAACAGGGCAAAAGCAGAGAGCAGGAUUCAAGGCAUUUGUUAGCAGAGGAGAUCAAGAAGUUAGAACCAGCAACGUAAUUCAUGCAUUUUUCUUGAUUGAUAGACUUUUGGGAAACUGGAGCCUUAAAAUAAGGAGAACAACAACACAUGCACAAACACAUUUUCUCUGACAAACUAUAACUUUUAAAGGUUGAAUUAUGACAGUCCUGUCAUAGUAUUUGACUGAUGAUACCUGAGAGGGUUUUUGGACAAAAAACAGUUUUGAUAUGGUUUCAUUAAAAGAGGUCAGUCAGAUACUUCAAAUAAGUAACAGAAACAUAGUAUACAAAAAGAUGGGCAUGACUGGAUGAGAGACAUCCUGGCAGUUUCAAGAUCAGCAUUUUCAUGUUUUCAGAAUGGGGUUAACUGUAAACCAAGUAUUUAAUGUUAGAGUCAUUCUAAUAUAAAUACACUGUUUAUGUACUACUCUGUUCUAGAAAUUUAUGAAAGUUUCUACAGCUUGAAAAAGCUGCUUUCCCCUCUGUUUCUUAUGCUGUGAUAUCAGCCUUGUGGUAGAGAACUCCUUAUUAAUGAAUUUUCAAUAUGUAAUAAAACCGUUAAUUUCCUAAAAUUGCUCUGUAGCAGCAGCAUAUAAAAUUAUUUUAAUUUAAAAAAUGCCCAAAACCCUAAACCUCUCUUUUAGGUACAACUGAAAGUAUUUUUAAAAAUACUUUAGCUGUCUAUAGUUAAAAUGCAUACAUGAUUUAUGUUAAAUUUGUUUGUGUGCAUGUGGACUUUCGGAGAAGGAUGUGUUGUCUCUUACAUUCAAGUUCAGCAGUUUGCAUGAACUGUGAGCAAUAGGUAUUUAUUUUUCACUUGCAAUAAAUUUUACAAUAUGUAUUUUACACUUGUUUGAAUCUUAUGCUGCUAGUUGUUAUGGUUUAAGUUUUUACCAUAAUUCAGGUUUUGAAAUCUAGUGAUUUGAAAGUAAAUGUGUUGAUACAUCUAACAAUCUCUUAUAAAACUGAGUAAUGGUAUGCCAUUUUACUGUAGUUUAAAUAAUUUUAUAAACUAAUCAAGGCAAGGACUGUGGAUUCUGUGUCCUUGGAGCACUGAGAGUACAUUGUCAGUGUGUAACUAAAACCAAAUUCAUGUUUACUUGAUUGUUAUAUUAAAUCUUGUUAUACAAGUAACUUUUGGGGAGGGAGGGCUGGCAUUCAUGGAAAUAGACCAGAUACUAAAUCAACGUGGUGCCAUACUAUAUGGGAGGGUAUUAUGAAAUGUGUUUAUUAUUUAAAACAAAAACUCCCAAGACUUUUGAUACAGUGAAUUGGAGCAAGCCACUGUAUCCUGAAGACCUCCUCAGAUGGCUAUAUAGCUCCUUUAUUGUGAGUCUUAACAAAAGCCAAGUCCUGUAGUUAACAUUACCAUAUAAAUUAACUAUCAUUAACACACAGCUGCACCGAAGUAAGACUUUUCAAAUGGCUGUAGAAGUCUGAUGGGUAUAGAAUUCUUUCUUUAUCCAGUUAAGGAGAAAAUCUAGAAAGCUGUAUCACAAAUAGAUUAUUUCAUCAAAUGUAAAAGUAAAUUAUAUGUAACCAGGUUGUUUCCCCCCUCCCACACACACUUCCCUUUCUAUAUCCUGAUUGCCAGCUUAAGAGCUGCUGUUCUCUGCUCAGAGUAACAAAGGAAAAUAAAGUUCUGUCUUUUUCUCCAAAGAGGGGAGAUAAAUGAACAGAAAACUCUCCUUGCUAACUGCUACUUGCCAGUCUGUGGAUUUGCUGAGGACACUUGUACUCAGGUGAACUGUGUGAAGCAAACAAACUGCCCUUCCUGUAAGAAAUCUGCACCCACCACUUGUCAGAAAUAUCAGUUGUCCCAUUGGGGACAAAGGGGGUGUGAUGAGAGCCUACACCUGAGAGACCCCUAUUGAAAUCGUUCCUGGCCCUGAGGCAGAGAGGGGUGAAUUGAACCUGGGUCUUCCACAUCGCUGAUGCGUGCUUUAAACACUGACCUAAAAUUUAUCAGAUGGGUAGUGACAGUACCACCUCUUCCUCUGGCCAGAUUUUGAGUGGGACAGAUCCAGUAGGCAGCCUCUGAGCAUGCCUAUCAGAUUGAGCCCUGCAUGUGACUUAGAUAGCCAAACAUCUGUCUCUCCCUGGUUCAUGAAUUGCUCUGGGGCUUAGGCGGAAUAUAGGCACCUGGAUGCCUAGACUGAGGCAGCAGUGUGCCUGCUCAUAGGCAGGAAUGUAGGCAUGGUGGGAACUUCUUACUCUAAAAACUUAGGCACUGGAUGAAUUUAGACACCUACAGGAUUCAGCAGGAGUUUUGUGGACAUAGUGGAGCUAAAACUGGGACUUAGGUGCCCAAGUGUGAGGUUUAGGCACCUAAGUAUCUUUCUGGACCCAACCCUUAGUUUUUACAAGUAAUAGUGUCAAUGACAGUGAAACAAUUCUGCCAAACAUGGUUUAAUUAGAUGUUACUUAUAUCAUAAAGUUGUCAAAGUAUGUCUUGCAUCAGUUCUUUAGGAAACUAUAUCCAUCUAAUGUGCCACAGUCACUUUUUGUCCCCCCCCUUGAAUGUAAUUACCCUUGUCUGCCUUUCAUCUGGACUAAAGAAUAGUUAUUUUUAAAUAAAUGUAAUUUUUUAAAUGGAAACGA